UUUUGUGUUCCUCCUGUGUAUGUUAGUUAAGGUCUUUAACAGAUUUGUCUGACAAUGUCUUUAUGCAUGAUGCAAGCACUGUGUUUUGUGUCUCAUCCCAGUUAUUGACCACCAAACAGCACAGAUUACACAGAAGAUAAUCUGAAGAGGGAGAAAAAGACUGUUAGGAAAAAGCAUGGUGAGGCUGAUUUAGUGUCCCCUUUUCUACAAGCCAGCUGCUUUAUUCUAGUGGGCUUGGCAAAACCAGAGUGAGCUAAAACAAAGUGGUGGGUUGUGGUGGUGGGCUGCAUUGCCCUUGUCCAGUGGAAGCUGGUGGUGAGAUGGAAGAUCCUAGCACCCCACAGGUAUCCCCCAAAUCUCUUGAAACUUCUGGUUUUAUCUGAAUAUAGCAAAAACAUUUUUCCAUAUGUAGACUUUCAGUGGAUAGAAAUAGCAUUUUGGGGAGAGCUGUCAGAUGUCAACCCAAAAGGCAAAAGCUUUUUUCUCAAUUUACAGGCCUGAAGAGGUGAGGAGCAAGGGAAAUGUUACAGUAGCUUAAAAAACAAAGCCAGACAAACCCCAAAACCCAACACCUCAGUCCCCGUGGAAUAAAAAUGUACCAGGAAGAAUCCAGUCUUUAUUACUUUGACUGUACAAUGGGUGCAUCUGGUAGGGGCCUGAAUAUGUGUUGUGCUCUGAGAAGGAACACAGGAUAGAGAAAACAGCUUUAUGAAUGCCUGGCAGAGUCACUUGCUGCCAAAUGUGUGCUGAAUAGAAAGGAUUGUUGUAAAUGGCGUGUCUGGGUGAUGUGCCCCCUCUUAGCCAGCAGCUGGUGAGUACAGGACGGUGAGUGCUAUCCUGCAGUGAUACAGUUUCCGGAGGGUGAUCUGGAGGAGAACCAGACUCUGCCUUCUAUGGGUCUCUGGUGAAACCUGGCUGAAACUGACCAGAUGGAAAUGCUACCUUGUACCACUGCUCAAGUCUUGACCUGGCUGUCUUCCCCGAUAUAGUUGCCCAGGGUAAAGGACACAGCAAGCAGAUACUGGUGCUGGGCCUGGAUGGGGCUGGGAAGACCAGCGUUCUCCACUGCCUGGCAACUAACCACGUCAAGCGCAGCCUGGCUCCCACCGAGGGCUUCAACGCUGUCUGCGUCAGCACCGGAGAGUCCCAGAUGGAGUUCUUGGAGAUCGGGGGCAGUGAAUGUCUGCGUUCGUACUGGAAGAUGUACCUGCCCAAAGUGCUGUUGCUGAUCUAUGUCGUGGACUCUGCAGAUCAUGCCCGACUGCCUGUGGCGAAACAGCUGCUUCAUCAAAUGAUUCAGAACAACUCCACCCUGCCAGUGGUGGUUCUGGCCAACAAGCAGGACCUUGAAGGUGCAUAUUGCAUCACCGAUAUCCACGAUGCUCUGGCACUGUCUGAUAUUGGGGACAAGAGGAAGAUGUUCUUGAUCGGUACCCACGUGGCAGAGGAUGGCUCCGAGAUCUCCUCCAGCAUGAAGGAUGCCAAAGAGCUGAUAGCGCAGCUGGUUCUGGAAGCACAGUGACAUCUCCUUUCCUACAACAUGAUAUUUGCAGCUGAGGGAGAUGAGGUGUUAGCAUAUGGUCAGUUUGCUGCGUGGUGACUGAGAUGUACAGAUAUCUUUUCCUUGUGGGUGUGGAAUUCCUCUGAAAAUGAUGCCUAGUUGGUAAGAAUAUCUAAUUUAUAGUGGUUUUAAAAUGCAUUUGAAAAGUAGUCUAUUUUCUAGCCUGUUACUAGGGGAAAAUUAGUCUCUCAGACAGCAGAAUUAAGGGAGUAUAUGGCUUAGAUGGCUUCUUGCCAAGCAGGAAUCAAACAUUGACUUCAGUGGAACAAAGUUGUAUGCAAUGAAUUUAACCUGUCUUGAUGUCUCAGGCUUAAAUUGAAAUAUGUUUACUCCACAGGUGUUACAGAACCUUAUUAACAGUGUUGUUCUGUUAAAAAUGAGACCUCACUCCUUGAGUGUCAGAAAUUUAAGGGCUGCGACUAGUAUUUUUGACAGUGAUUGUUUUUGUUGUCACUGUAUUUGAGCCAGUUUUUAAGAGAGUGGCACAUUAGUGAUCUCUGGAAACUGGAUUGGUUACUACUUCUUUGGUGGGUAAGGACAAGAAAAUGAAAGCAGUAAGACAUUGUUUUCUUGGCUACGGGGAGAAAAACCAAAACUGUAAUUUAAGGUAGUGACUGAAAGCAUUUAAGUUAAAUUGGUAUCAAAGUUAGGAAACUCCUCCAUUAGGAUAAGCGGCUUAUUUUGGUUUAGGCCAGGUUGUCCUCAAGUAAGCACUCUUACAUGUGAAAAACUUGUUGUUUUUUGAAAAUGAUUUCUGUUUGAUUUCUGGUUUUUGAAAGUGAUUUCAAGACAAGUUGCUGAGGAUCAUCACUCUCCCCGUGUCCUCGUAAUUGUACUCCAAGAAUGUGAGCCGGGAUCCGAGCACUUCUGUGAAGGACCUGGUUUACAACUGCUUUUAUUGUAUGAGGGUUUUACAGUUUUGCCCUUUGGAACGAACGCAUAAAGUAGACAAUUUUACCCUAAA